CACUAUUAUUAGUAACCUAAUUGAAACAAUUAAUGUCAAGAUUUUUGAAAAAUAUAACCUUUGGAAAAAUGCGAAAUUUUUUGAAACUGAAAAUAAUAUGUUAAAAUAUGAAUUAAGCAAUUUAAAAACAAGAUACACUGAUUUAGAAAAGGAUAUUACCAAUUUAAAAGAAAAGCUCAUUGCUUCUAAUGAAAGAAAAAUUAUCCUUGAAUCACAAAAAGCCAAAUUCAAAUACACAAUUAAAAAUCUUAAAGACACUAUAAAAGACUUUGAAGCUACUAUUAACAUUUCAGAAAUAAUAAAAUAA